AUGCCGACUUACCCCGUGCAGUUCGCUCAGAACUACGCGUCUACCCAGGCCUUUAUAAGGGAUAUAGGAGCUGGUCACGAGGCAUAUCUAAUGACGGUGUCGUGGCUGACUACAUUCGAAAGUAAAUGGAAAACUAACGUGUACUUCUCGUUGCGACAACGUGAAAUCGCUCAACAAGUUCGAAAGGAGCUUUUUACAAGAGAAGACAAUCCUUUGGUCUUGCUUCGGUCGCAGAUAUGGGAGGAGUCCGGGGCCUUGGCUCAGCUGAUGCCACAGUUGAUACCGAGAUGCCUCCAUCUCACUUGUGAUCUCCUUGCGGCCUGGCAGGGGCAUAUUGCUGCUAGAACGACAUCAGCAUCAACAAGUCCCGGCCUGUCAUUGUCCUUCUGUAAGGAUCUCAGCGACGUUUCGACUCAAUUGGACCCUCAAGCAGCUGAAGGGUUGGGCGCUUUUAUGAUUACUCUUGCUGGGAAGGAGAUGACAGAAAUCGUUACUCAACUACUGCAUCUCUGCAUGGACCGCCUGAAGCGGCAGGCGGCCGAGGUCGAGGCCUGCCUGAUAAAGUCCCUCCUCGACGCUGUUGUCCCUAAACUUGAAGGUGUAAAACAAAUACCGGUGCUGUACCGUAUGACGGCUAAGGCGGCCCCAACGAGUCACAGCGCGUAUGUGGACAACGCCAGUGGCGUACUCAUUGAUUUCAAACACGAAUACAACAAAGAUCAUCCAGAUGAAGUUAACAGAAUACUGAUCGCAGUGGGUGAUAAAUGUGCCGAAGAAUUCGCGAAGCGAUGCAAAACUGUGCUCGAAAAGGAAGAAUCUUUGAGUCGGUUUACACACCAAACAAAAGGUGCGGCGGCAUCUGAUCUGUCUGAUAUCGAUAAGCUGCGAGCCCAGCUGUGGUUGGAUACUGCCUAUUUUAUAGCUGCUCUACCGGAGAGCGACUCCUCGAGCAUCCGGACCCUCCGAGAGACGACCAAGUCGGGAAAACUCGUUACUGAUAAAUAUAUAGAAAAUUCCGAUUGA